GAUAAUGGAUAUAAAAAGCAAGGAGAAUGCGGAAGGUAGCCGGGAAGCAUUUUGAAGCCAACAACGUAAACACAUUCAUGGCCACGUUUAUGCCACCAGCAGCACAAAGACAAAACUCAAAUCCUCCAUUCUUCCAGAGUCUCCCUUCCUCAUUCUCUAACCUGGACUUCAUUUCUGAGCCAAUUGGGAAUCACAUCGUUACAGAUUAAUUAAUUAAAAAGAGAAAAAGAAAGAGGGAGAGGGAAAAGAGAAGUGGAGGCCAUGGCUUAUCUGCUACCCAACCUGCCUCCCGCCGUGCUCCGGCAAUCCAACAAAGCCGCCCAGACCUGUCUUCUCUCCCCUCUUCCCCAACCGAAACCAACACUCACUGCUCACACACUCUCUCCUCUUGCGACUCUCCAAGCUUCUCCUCCUCCUCCUCCUCCUCCUCCUCCUCUCCCUAUCACACAGUCCCCCACGUCGCAGAAUAACAAGAAGCACGACGCCAACAACAACUUCUAUGCCAACCUGGGUGUCGCCGUGCGCACCCUUCGCGAAGACCUCCCUGCUCUCUUCUCCAGAGACCUCAAUUACAACAUCUACAGGGACGACAUCACGUUUAUAGACCCAUUGAACACGUUCAGUGGUAUUGAAAACUACAAAUCCAUAUUCUGGGCGUUGAGAUUUCACGGGCGUGUGCUGUUUCGGGAAAUUUCACUGGAGGUUCUUAGGAUUUGGCAAGUGUCGGAGAACAACAUACUGAUUAGGUGGGAGUUGAGAGGUGUUCCUAGGGUUCCGUGGGAGGCAGAGGGGCAAUUUCAGGGCACCUCAUGGUACAAGCUGGAUCGAAAUGGCAAAAUUUAUGAACAUAAAGUUGAUAAUUUGGCGUUCAAUUUCCCUCACCCUAUGAAACCAGCUGCCUCCGUGUUGGAUUUGGUCGCAGGCUGCUCCACAACCCCCAAUCCAACAUUCAUGUGGUUGAGCUCCCCCGCUGACGCUGACGCAAACGCUCACUCCUCUUCUUGGUUGAGCUUUUACAGGGCGGUGCGAGAGACAUUGGAUCACCAAGCCUAUUAUUUUCUUGUUCAAGAUAGGAUAUUGGUCACAGCUACUUCAUAGCAAGCUAGCUUGCUAACUUCGAGAUGAAAACUGAAAUGGGUGCUUCACAAAUGUUUGUCAUUACGCUUCACAUACAUACCAAUAUUCAUCAAUAGCAAAAUAAUGUUCUUUCAACAAAGGGAAUGGGAGGUGUAUGUACAUAUAUAGGCAGGAAUGCUGGAAACUUGAAUUGAUGCUUUAUAUUAGUGGAGAGAGAGAGAGAGAGAAAGAUAAGCUUGGGCAUAUUCUGAGCUUACUUCCUUACAUACGUGCACAAACUUACGUUAUUUCUUCUACUGAAUCUCCUUAUAUAUUUAACUUCUGUUUGAGUUUGAA